UGGCUGGGCUGUGCCCUAUGCCCUACUGCAUGUGAUUACCCGGACCCUGAUUUGCUUGUUUUGCAACGUUGCCAACUCUGACGUACGCUGGAACUCUUGUCUCCUGCGCAGCGCAGGCAUGCUUGCGCUGUCGUCCGCUGCAACUACGGAUACACCUCACUUAAAAGAGGGCCGGGGGACAGCCCUCUUGCCUUGAGACCUUUCUCUCAUUCAUUCUGGUCCAUACGCAUGUCCCUGAAAGUUCUGCUACCGUUUAUGAUCCCCUGCAAAUGGCCCGCCGCGGAGAUGCACGCGCGAAUCUGGCUGUUGCGCGAGUCCUCCCUCCCAUAAUCAUCGGGAUUAUCGCAUACAUCUGCUACGAUAUCACAAAACAAGUAGGCAUUGACUAUCUAAUACAUCCUUCGGGUCGCUAUCGCCGACGACCUCGAGUUGGGUCCGGUAUAGCCAUAAUUGUAAUAUUCUACGUUCUUUUAAUCUUCUUCCUCUCGACAUACCUUCGACUCUGGCAGAAAGUGAACCUGGACCCGGGCUAUCUCCCGCGCGGCGCACAGUGGAUACAAAAACAAGAAGAAGCUGGAAGGACAAGCCGCCGUCACAGGAGACGCUAUGGACGAAAGCAUUCGCGAACAAGCAGAGAAGGGGCUGAGAAGACAGAUCAGCCAGAAGUAGACCUGGAGAGUCGUCUGGAUUACAAUGCUCCGGGGAAGGCCUUUCCCUUAGACACAGCUGGACUGGAGAGUUUCUAUACAAAAGACAUCUUCAUUUGCCAGGAUGAUGGAAGACCUCCAUACUGCUCCAAGUGCUUUCAAUUCAAGACGGAUCGGGCGCAUCAUUGCCGUGAGGUCGACCGAUGCGUGAGGAAGAUGGACCAUUUCUGCCCUUGGGUAGGAGGAGUGGUUUCCGAAACAUCCUUCAAGUUUUUUAUCCAGUUUGUUUUUUACACCGCCCUCCUUUGCAUAUUUGUUCUCAUUGUGUUUGUUGUAUUCACGGCAGAACUUCGACGAGAGGCUCACCGUGUUAAUGCCCAUUGGAUUGUCGGAAUUGCAUUAAGCGCUCUUUUCGGAAUUUUUUCUUUCGCAAUGACAGUCAGCUCGCUUCAGCUUGCAAUGAAAAACCUUACGACUAUUGAGAAUAUCAACCAUCGCUCCAAAGUUUGGACAAUAGCAAUACGGAUUCCAGACUCGCUCGUACCCCAAACAAACCCGGGCAUGCCAUUGGCCUUGCCAUACCAAACAAUUACCUAUCCUCAGCCAGACAUGUCUCCUCCUUCCCUUGAGUCUGAGGGUUUCCAACGGCCGACAACGGGUGAACGCCAUGUGUUCGCAAUCCUGCGAACGCAGCCGGGAGAGAAUCCCUUUGAUCUCGGCAGCAUGGUGGAGAACCUUCAGCAAAUUCUUGGCCAUUCUAUAGCAGAUUGGUUUCUCCCAUUCAAGCAGAGCCCUUGUGCCGAUCACAGCGGUUCUCAAGGCGCAUUCGCCUUUGGACCAGUCGUCACGAGAUUAAAAAGGGAGUCCGGGCUAGAACCUCGGACAGCGGGAAGUUUGAAUCGAAGUUCUAACGACCAGAGGACGGUUUAAUUUGCAGUAAUGGUGAUUAUUUUAAAAGAUAGAACGGUUAUAAUAUUAUUCCCUUUAUUUCUUCGAGCG